AAAUACAGUUUGUUUAGGUCUUCAAGGGCCUCUGGAUAGCUUGGAACUUCACCUCUGUUUCAAGGAAACGGCAGAGGGAUAAAAUCCAAGGAUAACGGAAUCGUGGAAAUUUAUUUCGAAACGAACGGGUAUGUCAUAGCAUUGUUUCAAGACGGACAAUAUCGUUUUUGCAAUCAUGGGCAACAGACGUAGCCUGCAUCCUCAAGAAAAUAUUCGCGUUUCGCCCUCCGUGGAAAGAUGCUUUCCUAUUCACGUUUGUUAAGAUUUACGGCUUUCUAAAUGCGUCUUCCUAUCGACCAAACAAGAACAAUGAGCGGUGGCUCUAGCAACUUUCUGCUAGUUCCCAUACCAGAGUAUCCCGUUCUGGACUGCGUGCCCAACAAGAACGUUAAAAUUGUGGUUCUUGGGGCGAGUAACGUCGGAAAAACAGCUUUGAUAGUGCGUUUUCUAACCAAGAGGUUCAUUGGAGAUUAUGAAGCAAACACAGGGGCCCUUUACUCAAGAAAAAUCAAUUUGGAUGGGGAACAAGUCUCCUUGCAAGUGCAAGACACGCCGUGUGUGGCUCUCCAGGAUGAUGCUGAGGGGCUGUAUUGCCAGGAACAGAUUAACCGCUCCAUAUACUGGGCCGACGGCUACGUGCUGGUCUUCUCGAUCACGGACCACAGUAGUUACCGUACGAUUCAACCGCUCUACCAGCACGUGCGUCGGAUCCACCCGAGUGGCAACAUCCCCAUCAUUCUGGUGGGCAACAAGAGCGACCUGCUCCGCGCCCGCGAGGUGCCCUCUCACGAGGGUGAGGCCUUGGCCGCCGAGUUAGGAGGGGUGUAUUUCGAGGCCUCGGCACGAGAGAACCACGAGGGGGUCCACGCCGCCUUCCUGCACAUUUGUCAGGAGAUUAGCCGAGCGUUGGGAGGGGGGAACGGAGAGAAGAGGAGAGGGGGUCUCCACCUUGCCAGGCCCAAGUCGCCCAACAUGCAGGAGCUGAAGAGAAGGUUCCGCCAGGUGUUGUCGUCCAAGGUGAAGUCGUCCACCACUCUGUGAUUGCGGUAAAGACAAUGGUGCUGGUGAAGCAACGUCAGAGGGCCAAAGACUGUGGCCCUGGAUAAAGUACGGAGGAUAACAGGAGACCUUGACAUCAGCAAUGUGAUGUGAUGUCAAAUAGUUUUUGAGGAGGUUAAUGGAUUAAGGAGUCAAACACAAAGCUGGAGGAAAGACUAAGAGACUGCGAGGUGAACAUGUUUACAAGACAUCCCGACCCCGAGAGACUUCUCACUGACACGUUGCAUGAUGGGAUUUUCUGUGGGGUUUUUUUUUU